CCCGCGACCGCCAUUUUCACGGGCUCUCUGGGCUGACUCCCGUCAGUGUGGCUGGGUGACUCGGCGUCUCCCUUGGGCCCCCGAAACCAGGUCGAGGACACUGGUUAGGAUUCCAGCAGACCGGACGGAACCAGGGAUUCUGGCUCACAAUGGCUGACGACGAGGAGAAAGACUUGCAGAAAUUUCUUAAAAAUGUGGAUGAAAUCACCAAUUUAAUCCAGGAAAUGAACUCUGCUGACCCAGCUGUGCAACAGAAAGCAGUCCUCGAGACAGAAAAGAGACUAGCGUUGGCAGAAGUAGUCCACAAUGAGGAUGAGUGCAGAACCGCCUUGAACAAGACCAUGAUCAGUCCCGCACAGGCUCCUACAAAGAGUGCAGAUGAGAGAAACUCAGAGGCCUUCUUGGCGUCUGUAGAGAAGGAUGCAAAGGAACGUGCCAAGAGAAGAAAGGAAAACAAAGCCUUAGCAACUGCCCUGAAGGAAAGGGGGAAUGACGCAUUUGUCAGAGGAGAUUAUGAAGCAGCUAUCCUGUGUUACAGCGAGGGACUGAAGAAGCUGAAGGACAUGAAAGUGCUGUACACCAACCGAGCUCAGGCUUAUAUCAAACUUGGGGACUACCAGAAAGCAGUGGUGGACUGUGACUGGGCUCUUAAGUGUGAUGAGAAAUGUACCAAGGCAUAUUUUCACAUGGGGAAAGCCCACCUGGCUCUGAAGAACUACAGCGAGUCCAGAGAGUGUUUUCAGAAGAUCUUAGAAAUAAGCCCCAAGCUGCAGACACAGGUGAAAGAUUACCUGAACCAAGUCAAUCUCAAGGAGAAAGCAGACCUUCAAGAGAAGGAAGCCCAUAAAUAUCUGGAUUCAGGAAAGAACACGGCCGUGACAACCAAAACUCUCCUGGAGAGUCUUUCCAAGUCUGAUCAGAAUCCCUUGUUCUACGCAGGGGGGAUUGAGAUCCUGACUGGAAUGAUGAAGGACUGCACAGAACGAACUUUAUUCAGGACACACGGUGGAUUCAGCAUCAUCAUUGAGAAUGAGGUCAUAAGAAGGUGCUUUUCCACAGCAAGGAAAGAUGCGGUGGAAGAGAUGGUGUGCGUGGCUGUCCUCCAGCUCUGGAAGGCUGUGUGCAUUGAUAAUGAAGAGAACCAGCGCCUGCUCCUGAUGAGCCCUGACACCAGCAGACUGCUACCUGCCCUCGUGGCCUCUGAGGUCCCAGGCAUCCAGCAGCAGAGCCUGGCCCUGCUGCUCCAGCUCGCGCAGACAGAGAACGGACGUAACCUGAUCAUCGGCCACCUUGACCUCACCCGAUUGCUGGAAGCCCUGGUGUCAUUCCUCAAUUUCUCAGAUAAGAAGGCCAACUCAGCCAUGGGACUGUUCACGGACUUGGCUCUGGAAGAAAGAUUCCAAGCCUGGUUCCAGACCAACCUUUUUGGUGUUCUCCCUGCACUCAAAAGCGUGCUGAAGAGAGACCCCAAGGUGGGCAGCCCCACAGCUCUCUGCCAGUGCAUCGCCAUCAUGGGGAACCUCAGCGCAGAGGCUGCCAUCGGCAAACAGCUGUGUGCCUCAGAGGAAUUUGGAGAAGCCUGCUUGGGCCUCAUGGUACGGUGUGAAGAGGAUGUGGAUGUGUUCAGAGAGGUCAUCUACACACUCCUGGGACUCCUAAUGAACUUGUGCCUUCAGUCUCCCAUUAUCUCUGAGGUUUGGGCCUCCAAGGUGAGCAGGAGGUGCCUGUCUCUACUGAACAGCCAGGACGGAGGCCUCAUGACGAGAGCUGCCGGUGUUCUAAGCCGCACCUUGUCGUCCUCUCUGAUAAUCACUGGGGAGGCCCUCAGAGCAGGAGUGGUGAAGAAAAUGAUGAAGUUCCUAAAGACGGGAGGCCAGAAAGCAUCACGGUAUGCCGUAAAGAUACUAGCUGUCUGCACUAACAGUUAUCACGAGGCACGAGAAGAAGUGGUCAGACUCGAUAAAAACUUCAGCAUCUUGAUGAAGCUGCUGAACUCGGAGGACGAGAUCCUUGUGGGGAACGCCGCCCUCUGCCUGGGGAACUGCGCGGAGGUGCCAUACACCGCGACCUCCCUGCUGAAGACAAACAUCGUGCAGGUGCUGCUGAAGCAGGCGGCCAGCGACACACAAAAGACGGCUGUGCAGCUCAAUGCCGGCAUUGCCCUGGGGAAGCUUUGCACCGUGGAGCCCAGGUUUGCUGCUCAGCUGAGACAGCUUCAUGGGCUGGAAAUCCUCAACUCUACUGUGAAGCACCUGGAUGACUCCUGAGACGCAGGUGCAGGUGGGCGUGCAGUUUGGUGACACUCAGCUGUCUGCUGUGGGUUGUUUCUGUGCUAAUAAAGACUCCAGAAUGUC